CGCUGCGAGAGCGAGCUUGGCCGUGCAGGCUGGUAGUCACUGGGCAGGAGAUACCGUCAGAGAAACCGCUUUCAUCCGACACGGAGAAAGUGCUCCUACUACGGCUGGAAGGCUUGGUUUACUGUGUCGGACUUUUAACAAAUUGUUCUUGAAAGACUGAGGAGUAUUACAAAUGAUGGGCGUAUUCCGAAUCGGUGUGGUUGCACUGGUGGCGGUGUUGGUGGUGGUACCCGGCAGAUUGACGCUCGGGGGAAGAGUGUCGCAGCCCAUGGCGUUACGGAUCGCCGCUCCGCCCAUGACGUUCGACAACGUGUCACCCAAGUGCUGGAACUUCACCUACGGCAACUAUCAAAAGAUGGAGUUCUACAGUCCCGGAUACCCCAACAAAUACACAAACGACACGGACUGUGUCUUAUACCUGGAAGCGCCCCAAAACUUCAAGAUCCAGCUGGACUUCAGGGACGUGUUCAAGAUCGAGAAGUCGGAGAAAUGCAAGUACGACUACCUGGAGGUGCGGGACGGCCCCUUCGCCUACUCCCCCCUCAUACAGCGCUUCUGCGGGGACGACUUUCCCCCGCUCGUCACCUCCACCUCGCGCUUCCUGUGGAUGAGGUUCAAAUCAGAUGACCUCAUUCAGGAUGAGGGAUUCAAGGCCAUCUACUCCUACAUCAAAGACAACACUCAGAAUGAUGGGAAUGUGUUCAGUCAAGCCCCGGCCCCUGUGUGUCGUGAGUUCCUGGAAGUGUCCCCCUCCAAGCCUGACGGGGUCUUGUCCUCCUCCCGCCUGGGGCACGAGAUAACGUCCUACCAAGUGCCACGCCCAUACGACUGCACGUGGGAGCUCCACACAGACAAGACCUACGGGAUCUAUGUGCGGACACACAAUAUGACAAUGCGGCGCCCACAACGUUGCGACCAGAACUACAUCGCCCUAUACAAGCGCACCACGCUGGACAAGACGAAGUACGUUCAGUACUGUGCGGGGCCCAAGGCGGAGAUGAAGACAAAGGAGAACAGGGUGUUUGUCAGGCUGUAUGGGAAGACCCCCUCGAACCGGCCUGAAAUAGAGAUGGUCUACACUAUAUACAGACAUGGUGUGAAGGUGUGUUCCUCCGGGGAGUUCAAGUGUGGGGAGAUGUGUCUCCCUCGCAGCCUCCUCUGUAACGGCAUCCCCAACUGCCCCGCGGAGGAGGACGAGGUCAACUGUGCCGGAAAGGAAGUGGCCUCGUCAGGAAGUGCGCUUCCCCUACACGCCAUCGUCGCCGGAAGUAUCGGGGGAGUGUUGCUCACGGCUGUCGUCAUCGGCGUGUGUGUGUCGUGCCACUACAAACGCCGGGACAAGCGCAGCGACAGGGAGCUGAAGAAGCAGCAGCAGAAGCAGCGGAACGCCCUGGAAAUGGCCGUCUCCAACUCCUCCACAACCACCUACUCCUUGUCCAGACAGGGAGGCCCGGGGGCCGGGUCCAGCCCCGCCUCCCACCACCCCCAGCUCUCACCCCGCAGCAAGGACAACACCCACCGGUACAGCCUCGGCAGUUCGGUCCAACACUCCUCCGAGGGGGACCCUGCGGAUACUAUGUCCGACGUCGGCAACUACAAACGUUUCCUGACCAUGGAGAUGACCCCUGACGAAGAGUCCAGCCCCUGCCCCUCCCUCUACAGCCAGACGGGCGUUGUGACGGUGGAGCGCCACCCAGCGUUGGAGUCCCCCUACCCUCGCUUCACAUCCAAUGCCUGGCGGCCAGAGGACCCGAUGCAUUACCCCUACACAAGCUUAAAGAAGCCCCCACAGUUUAACGUCACUAAACCAUUCUCAUAUAGCCCGGAAAGCAAGUACAUCACAAGCAUACCCUCUUUAAAAUAUACAAAUAAUGAUAUUCGGCCUGAGAAUUAAUAUUUCAAUUUUCAAACAGUUUUCAACCUUUCUGUGUCUUUCAUUGUAAAUGACAUUAUGAUUUUUAAAAUAAUUUUUUUAUGAAGUUUGUAUCAUGUAUGGUCAUUGCCAAUCAUAAGAUGUAUGUAUAUAGUACGUUCCGAGAAUCGUGUUCCCCUGUGUCAUAUCAGGCCGAUGUAAUUAUAUUCAGUACGGGUUAACAUUCGGAGCUUAUCGCUUCACGGCAUUUGUAUGAUCGUAUUUAUGUGUCAUUUUUUGUAAAUAAACAGAAAAAAAAU